CUCCACCUCUCUGUCUCGCCACUCUCUGGCUAGUAUCAGUGUUUUCUGAACAUAACAGAAUACUUUUUUCCUCUGCCCCCAAAAUGUGAAUAUUAACGUAAUUUUCUGUAUCUUCAUUAUUUCCGUCCUCAAGUACAUUUCUUUUUUUUGCUGUCCUUUUAAUUGAGCGAGUUAAAAGCAUAAUUAGCAUUUCAAUCUUUCCUACAGUCUCCCUCCGUCCUCCUCCUCGCUCUCUCUCUCUCUCUCUCUCUCUCUCUCUGACUCUACAUGUCUCUGUCGCUAAGGCAACCAAUGCCUUUUCCUACUCGCUCUCUAUAUCUCCCCUUUCUCACUGUCUCCCUCAUUCCCUCUCUCUUCAGCCAGAGAGAGAGAGAUGAUCGGAGGAGUUGGGGCUCAGUGAACAGAACGAAGCGAUGGAGAGAUGCUCCAUCUCUCCUGUCAAACGACUGACCACCCACCGCUGCCUUUUCUUUCUCCUGGUUGCCGCGGUGACGCGACCCUCAACCUGUAACCGUGACGACGAGGGCGAGGGGCAGGUGGAGGCCUUCUCAGCCCAGCUGUCCAUCACAGGACAGGUCACACCCACCCCUAUUUGGUCCGUGGACUGGGGCCCCACACUAGCCCUGGAGGACGAGACGCAUCACUUCCUGUCCAGCCAGGAAGCGGACCUGUACCACCAUGGCCACGAAGUCCCCACGACAACCGCUGAGGCCUGGCUGCAUCAUCAGAGUGCACCGGGCAGCGUUUUGCCGCAGGAGCCCCUGGAUCUGCUGGAGGCCCCGGACGCAGAGGGAGUGGAGGAUGGAGGAAGUGAGGCGGAGGAGAGAGAGCCUGAGGAAGUGGACCCUCAGUUUUACGUCACAGUGACCAUCUCCUCUCUGCUCAUCCUGACUGCUGUCAUCAUAACAGCCAAACUCAGUUACGACCGCAGCUGUUCCCAGCACCCGCCCCCGCUUUCCCGUGGCGUGGCCCCCCCCCUCUCUCUCGCCCUCCCUCGUUCCCUGGCUCUGGAGGACAGCCGGCAGACGCUGCACGGCACCCCCUCCUUUACCGACAGGGAGAGGUAAUGAGUCGCCUCACCAGCUCACUGGAGAGAGAGAGAGAGUGUUUGUGUGGAGU